AUGCGGUCGUCUCUCAUUCUCGCUCUUCUCCCCCUGGCCUUGGCCACUGCUGUUCCCAGCUCCAAGAAGGUUGACUACAAUGGCUUCAAGAGCCUGCGUAUCACCCUCCCCGAGGGAGCUGAGGAUUCUCUUGCCGAGAUCAACAAGCUCGCUGCCAGCAUUCUCACCCCUGGUGCCACUGAGAAGAUCGACCUUGUCGUUUCUCCCGAGAACAUCAGCAAGGUGAAGAAGCUUGCAUCCGACACAACCGUCCUGGUUGAGGAUGUUGGCGCUGCCCUUGCUGAGGAAAAGACCUCUACGGUGUAUGCGGUGCCAAGUGAUUCUUGGUUCACCGCCUACCACAGCUACGCUGAUCACCUUCAGUUUCUCACUGACCUUCAGACUAGCUUCCCCACCAAGUCUGAGCUCUUCACCCUCGGAAACUCUUUCCAGGGUCGUCCUCUGACUGGUAUUCACAUCUGGGGAAGCGGAGGCAAGGGUUCCAAGCCUGCCGUUGUCUUCCACGGCACAGUCCAUGCUCGCGAGUGGAUUUCCACCAUGACUACCGAGUACAUGGCCUACCAGCUUCUGACCAAGUACGCCUCCGACGCUGCUGUCAAGGCUGUCGUCGACAAGUUCGACUUCUACAUCACUCCCGUUGUCAACCCUGAUGGUUUCGUUUACACCCAGUCCACCAACCGUCUCUGGCGCAAGAACCGUCAAACUGUUUCCGGAAACUCUUGCGUUGGCCGAGACAUCAACCGCAACUGGCCCUACAAGUGGGAGCUCACCGGUGGUGCUUCCACCAACCCUUGUGACGAGACCUACAAGGGACUCGCUGCAGGCGACAGUCCCGAGAACAAGGCUCUCAAGGCUCAGAUCGACUCUUUGUCUGCUAGCAAGGGUAUCACUUUCUACGUCGACUUCCACUCCUACGGACAGUACAUUCUCUGGCCUUACGGUUACGACUGCAGCGUCGUUUCUCCUGAGGAGGCUGCUCUCUCCGCUCUUGCCACCCGUCUCAACAACGGCAUCAAGGCCCAGUCUGGAAACUCCUACACCACUGGCAACUCGUGCCGCGCUCUGUACGCCACCACCGGUGACAGUCUCGACUACAUCCAGGGUGUCGCCAAGGCCAAGUACUCUUACACCAUCGAACUUCGGGACAAGGGCACUUACGGCUUCAGCCUGCCCGCCAACCAGAUCCAGCCCACUGUUCGGGAGACCUGGGCCGGUGUUGUUGCUGCGCUUGGAGCGAUCUAA